CUGCGCUAGGUGAGUCUCGCGCACACUGCCUCCCUUCCCCUCCUCUGUCGGUUAUUGUGAAGAGAUUGAACGAUGAGAUCGCUCGCGCUCGCUGUCAUCAGUGCCGCCCUAUAGAGACCCCCAGCCCCGAGGCUCGAACACAACGACCCACCCCCGCCCCAAGAGGGACGGAGCGCAAUCAAUAGAGGCACGGAGAAAAAACCCUGUUCUGACCCGGCUUUAUUUGCCCUCAAUCCGGGCCUCAUGCUGUAGCAGACUGAACGAGCGAGAGCGAGAGACAAACAUACAGAUUGAGUCGGCGAGGGACAGGGCGGAAUAGAGGAGAAGGGAUUGUUCAUUCGGCUCUAGACAUGGGAUGUACACUCAGCGCUGAGGAGCGCGCUGCUCUGGACAGGAGCAAAGCCAUCGAGAAAAACCUGAAGGAUGAUGGAGUCACUGCCGCAAAGGAAGUGAAACUGCUACUGCUUGGGGGAGGAGAAUCGGGCAAAAGCACCAUCGUCAAACAGAUGAAGAUUAUCCAUGAGGAUGGCUUUUCUGGGGAUGAUGUGAAGCAGUAUAAGCCUGUGGUCUACAGCAACACCAUCCAGAGUUUGGCUGCCGUCCUCCGAGCUAUGGACUCUCUGGGCAUCGAGUACGCAGACAAGGACAGAAAGGCGGAUGCUAAGCUGGUGUGUGAUGUGGUCACUCGUAUGGAGGACACAGAGCCCUACUCAGCAGAGCUGCUGACAGCUAUGAAGCGUCUGUGGGCUGAUGCGGGGACCCAGGAGUGUUUCAAUAGGGCCAGGGAGUACCAGCUCAAUGACUCCGCUGCCUACUACCUGAACAGUUUAGACCGUAUUGGUGCUGCUGACUACCAGCCCACCGAGCAGGACAUCCUGAGAACCCGAGUCAAGACCACUGGGAUCGUGGAGACCCAUUUCACCUUCAAAAACCUGCACUUUAGGCUGUUUGAUGUUGGAGGUCAGAGGUCAGAGAGAAAGAAGUGGAUCCACUGCUUUGAGGAUGUGACGGCCAUUAUCUUCUGUGUGGCGUUAAGUGGCUAUGAUCAGGUUCUGCAUGAGGACGAAACAACUAAUCGCAUGCACGAGUCCCUCAUGCUCUUUGACUCUAUCUGUAACAACAAGUUCUUCAUCGACACCUCCAUCAUCCUCUUCCUCAACAAGAAGGAUCUUUUCGAGGAGAAGAUUAAGAAGUCACCACUGAGUAUCUGUUUCCCUGAAUAUACAGGUGCUAACACUUAUGAUGAUGCUACCGCAUACAUUCAGGUGCAAUUUGAGAGUAAGAGCCGUUCGCCCAACAAGGAAAUCUACUGUCACCUGACCUGUGCCACUGACACAGGAAACAUCCAGGUAGUGUUUGACGCAGUCACUGACAUCAUCAUCGCCGACAACCUGAGGGGGUGUGGCUUAUACUGAGGCCUAGCCCUGCACAGAGGUUGCAUUGGAGGGCGUGAGGUGGUUAAUAAUAAUAAUAAUUUUGAUGAUACUAAAAGGCAUAAUUAUGUAAAUCUACACGUCCAAAGGGACUCAAAGAGCUGCCGCCAGACACCACGACGGAUUCUUUGCCAUGUUUUGUUCCUCUAUUCCUUUUUUUAAUUUCAGAAUUCCACCACCCCUCUUUUGUUUAUUUGUUAUCAACAUGUAUUUCCUAUUGAAUGUCUUUCAUGUUUUGUUGAUUGUGUGAACAACUGUAAGAUGUAAAUCAGAAAAGGGGAGGUCCAAGGGGUAUAUUCUGUUUUCGUGCCAUGUUUCGCAACAAAUAGAUAGAAAUAAAUAGAUAGAAAUGUUAUGCAUAGAGCGGAGAAGGUCCUCUUUUCCUAGCGAUAGAGAUUUGUGUCAGUUCUAUACAUUACAUCUCUAUCUGCAACAUCCAGAACAUUGAGCCACAAUGAAUGUACCCCUUGGUGCUCCGUUUGCAGAGGUGAUGUUGUGCUCUAGGUGAUGAUGUAAUAGGGGAGGUACUGGUGGCUGGGGCUCGUAGUGGGGGUUCUGUCCAGCGUUGGAUAGAGCCCCCCUCUGUUGGACUCACACAGGGCUGCUCUACAUGAGCUCCUUCUGCUCUGUUUUAUUCCUCUCUCUUUCAAACAUCCAGAAAGGGGGGGGGGGGGGGGGGGGGGGGGGUUCUGUUUGUGUGGCAGGCUCUGCCAUUGGCCUCCUGCAGUGUGAUGAAAUGCAUGUCAGCCAAUGAUAUAUCUGUGUCGGGAAAGUGUGAUAUCAGUGCCAACCUUCUGAGCAUGACAGAUAAGGGAAUAGAAUUAGAGAUCAUUGAUCACUUUCACACUAUCUUUACAAUAUAAUGCAAUUGAAGGGACACAAACGCUUUAUUAUCAUCAAAUUAUCUAUGGAUUUUAUUUCAACCUCAUGCCCUCCAUGCUUCCUCCUACCUCCUAGAAUCCCGUGCCACAUAUUUAUUUCCUGUCCUGUCAGACCGGUGGAACACCACUUCCUGUCUCAGUCUCAGAGGGUCUAGAGCUGCUCUGAUGGACCGUCUCAAAUGUCACCUCCCAUGUAGUGUACUACUUCUUCAAAAGUAGUACAUAAUAUGGGGAAUAGGUUAUCAUUUUAGACUUGCACACUCAAGUCCACUGGUCAGUGAUGUAUCAUAUGGUUGUCUCCUGGUCUCCUCUCACUUAUCACUUAUCACUGAGAUGAAAGGACUGGAUAGGUUUCCACCGUGUUGUUUUCACUCACUAGUCCAUACAGAUUUGUAGUUUUAGGAGAGGACAGCCACAGACCACUGACCAGUCUCUCUGCUUGUUCAAAAGGGUCUUCCUAGGUGCUCUUUAUGUAAUAAAACAUUAAUAUGUGAAUGCUCAGUUAUUUUGAAGUUGAGGUAAUUUGUAGAUUAGAUAAGCCACACAGUGCUUAGCUCAGGAUGACCCUUGUGAGCAAGCAUGCUGAAUUCCAAAUCCAUUCAUACUACCCUCUCUAGGCAUUCCUGUAGAUUUGAAAGGAUUUGAUUGGUUUAACCUUUUCAUGUCCAUAAUGGAAAUGUAUAAUAUUCUUUAGUACACAUGUUCUCUGAGUUUACUGAUGGACAAAUCUGAAGAUUUUUUUUUACAUCGACCAAAGCGUUUAAAAAAUACCUAAAGAAAUCCACACACACACACACACCCCUAGAGUGCAUGCAGUAUAAGCCCAUCAAAUGCAAGUCAAUAGAGACUGGAGAGUGAGUGAUUUUACAGCAUUGUCCCUCUUUCUCAGAUCUUAAACAUGUUCACAUCUUAAUCAUUUUUGCUAUAUAGAUUGUCUGGACCAAGAUAUAAAUAUUAAAACAACAUCUAAAGAAAUCCACACCCUCUCUAUCUCACAAGCAAAUUCAAUGGAGUCAUUUUAUGAGAUUUUUUAUCUGAUUCUCAGAACAUGUUCAAAUUUUAAUAAUUGUCUCGACCAAUAUAUAUAAAAACAAUAUCUAAAGAAAUCCACACACUCCUAGAGUAUAUUAUACAGCAUAUGCAAAUCCAAUGUAAGUCAAUGGCGAUUGAGGCCUGCUACAGCAUUCACCCUCUUUCUCUCUCUCUUUCUCUCCCUCUCUCACAAGCACACGCGUGUGUAUACACGCCACAGACAUCAAUGCACACCAGUUGUAAAAUGUUUCUCUCUGCAGUCUCCAUUGGAUUUGGAAAUACUGCAUGUAUUCUAGAGGUGUGUGUGUGAGAGAGUGAGUGGAUUUCUUUCAAUAUUGUUUUCAUAUUUAUAUUGGUCUGGACAAUCUAUAUACCAAAAGUGAUUAAGAUCUGAUCAUUUGAACAUGUAUUCACAUGACAUGAUUUGUGUAAUGUGUAAAAUACAAUAACCCCAUGUGUCCAAAGACUAAAUAUAGUAUGACACAGAAACGGCUGUAGUUCACAAACAACAAAGAGUUGAAUCAUCUAUUUGGCAUAUUUGGGCUUAAACAGGUCACAGAACAAUACUUUAUACUUUUAAACUAUAUCAUUCUGAAUUGCAUUUCAAAAUACAUUUGCUGAAGUCAUUUUAAUGAUUUUUAUUGUCUCAAAAUCCCAACGUUGGAGGUAUGAUAGAUAAUGACAAUCUUAAAACGUCAAAGUGGCAUGUCUAGACACUUGUACUAACUAUGUUAUCACCAAAUGUAAUGCAUUUACACCAAAUAGAAUUUGUUCAGUGCUACAUUUGAUAAUAUAGUACAAGGACAUGAAUGGGUUAGGUAAUAUGGUAAUUGCGUCACCUUCUCUUCUGAUAGAGUGGGUGGUAUUUUUGCCACCUUGCUUGUGUGUAUAUAUAUAUAUAUAUACACACUCAAUCGUUUUAGAUCUACAGACAUGUCCAAGCGGCAGGGGCUGGGGUAGAGUUGGAAUUCAGCAGCAGUCUCUCAGUGGGGAGUUUGGGUUAACCCUAACCCCUAUCCCCUGACCUCUUAACCCUGAGCAGGCCACAGUCAAACCCCGGCUGUCACGUUCUCUAUUUUCACAGAGGAAAAGUACUGCUCUCCACUCAUUCACCUGUGCACCUGAAGAUGCGUCCUAUCCCUCUAUACCCUCUCUAUCACGUGUCGUUCCUCAUUUCUCUCAAUCCCCCUUUCCAUUUUCACCUUAAACACCGUACUGUAUAUAUAUGAUUAUACCAGAUUUCUUUUUUUUUUACUGUGAAUGCUUUUGUUCUGUACCCCUUCCUCCUCCGUAGAUUAUUGGUUGCUCUCUCAUGUGGAAUGUUUGUGCUGAGCCAAUCGAAUGUUGUGUUUACAUUAAAGCCACACUUUUCCUAACUAUU